AGGCACUGAUAGAGGAAAGAAGAGAGAGGAGGAGUGUGUGAAAGAGAGAAAGAGGGGGUACAUAAAGCUGGUGCCGGGAUCAUGAGCUUCGCAUUGCCUUACGGGUCGUUGUCUGCUCGGCCGAGUCCCAGCAGACGAUCUUUGGACUGGGAGCACGAGCGGCUGGCAGUGCGAAGGCUUUCCUCACCGCGGGGUCUCGAUCUGCUCUCUCCGCCUCCUCUUCCUCGCCGGCCCUCUGCGAUCCCCGGCUACCUGCUGCCUUCUUACCAAGAGCAGGAGGAGCAGCUCCACCAGCAGCAUCAGCGACUUUCCUUGUCCAUCGGCUCAGAGGCCUCCCUGGCUCCUCCGGCACCUCCACCUGUGGGCGCCGUCCCACCUUGCUGCCGCCCAGUGGGAGUCAUGCACCUCCUGCGCUUAGGUCUCCUGGCGUUCAGCUGCCUGUUCUGGGCAGCAGGCUUGGCCAUCUUCACCCUGGGUGUUUGGGCACAGAUUUCCCUUGCUGACUUCAUGCUGCUGUCUGCCAAUCGCUACCCCAACGCCCCAAUCAUCCUUCUGUCCACAGGGGCUGCUGUCACCACCUGGGGCUUCCUGGGUUGCCUUGGGGUGGCUGCGAAUCUUCCCUGUGUUCUUAGGGCUUACGGGUUCUUUCAACUUGCUGCACUUGUUGCCGGUUUGGCAGCUGGCCUCUCAGGUCUCUUCUAUCGCGAAGACAUUGCCGGAGGAUUUCGCAGUGGCCUACAGCGAGCGGUUGCCGGCUAUACCGAAGAUGAAGGGCGUGCGGAUGCAUUAGAUAGCCUGCAGAGGGCCCUGGAGUGUUGUGGAGCUGAGGGUUGGCGUGACUGGCUCACUUCGGACUGGGCUUUCCAGCAUAUGACCUUCCUGCCCACUGAGAACGGCAGCUCGGUGUCCUUGCCGGACAGCUGCUGCAUGAGGCGCAAGGGCUGCAAGAAUCGACCUCUCCUGUCAGACUAUGUUGAAGAAGUUGAAGCUGCAGGAAUCCAUCCACACGGCUGCUUCCGCAAAGUCUUCAGCUUGGUCAACGACAACGUCUUCCACAUUGCUGCCACUGUGUUAGGACUGGCCUUUACCCAAAUCGGAGGCAUUGCACUGGCUUGUCUGCUGGCCAACAAAAUGACACCGAGGCAACAUCGGCGUGUUGUGGCACAUUAAUGGUCAAUUUCACAAAUAGCAACGCCUACUAAAGAUUAACCAAUUGGUUUGAUUGGGAAUGAAUUACACCUUAGGAGUCAUAGAGUUGCAGAGCGGGGAUAGUUAUUUUGAGCAUCCAAUUUCCAUUGAUAUUCUGUGUAGACAGGUCACGUAACCAGCAUGUUAAAACCUUUCAAUGCUUGGAUUAGUGUAAACUCUCCUGAUUGAAAAGUUACCAAGUUCUUUAAAACAUCUUGUUCUCUCUCUAAACUAAGUGUAAGCCAUUGGACACCAGCCCUCAACUUUAACCCCUGUUGAGUAUUUCAUUGUGAGAAAAAGAACUAGCUAAAACUCAAACAAGAAGAAGCAAAGUUUUAUAACUUGAUUCUGGUCCUACAACUUGAAAUCCAUUAACUUUUAGUUUCUGGGCCAAUAAAGAUGAA